GGCCUUGCUCUCUCUCGCCAUGGCCUCUCACUCAGGCCCCGCGACGUCCGUGCUGUUUCUGCUCUGCUGCCUGGGAGGCUGGCUGACCUCCCACACGUUGCCCGUCCAUUUCCUACAACCAAGUGAUAUACAGAAAAUAGUCAAGGAAUUACAGUCCCUCUCGAAGAUGCUUUUGAAAGAUGUGAAGGAAGACAAGGGGGUGCUCGUGUCCCAGAAUUACACGCUGCCGUGUCUCACCCCUGACGCCCAGCCGCCAAACAUCAUCCACAGCCCAGCCAUCCGGGCAUAUCUCAAGACAAUCAGACAGUUAGACAACAGAUCUGUUAUUGAUGAGAUCAUAGAGCACCUCGACAAACUCAUAUUUCAAGAUGCACCAGAAACAAACAUUUCUGUGCCAACAGACACCCAUGAAUGUAAACGCUUCAUCCUGACUAUUUCUCAACAGUUUUCAGAGUGCAUGGACCUUGCAUUAAAAUCGUUGACUUCUGGAGCCCAGCAGGCCACCACUUAAGGCCAUCUCUUCCUUUUGGAGUGGCAGGAACUUAAGGAGCCUUAAAAAGAUGACUGACAGCUAAGUGUGGGAACUCUGCCGUGAUUCCUUAAGUACAUUUUUCCAGUGAAUAAUCUCAGUGACCCCUCAGAUGGGCUAGUCCUGGGAGGGCUGAGAUGUAAAUUUGUGAAUUACCUUGAAAAACAUUAGGUUAUAGUUAUUAGUCUUGGUAUUUAUGGAAUGUUUUUCUUCAGGAGGCUUAAAUCUUACUUAUGAUACCUUUGUGAGGGCAGGAGGUGGCAGCUAUGUUAAUUUAUUGAUAUUUAUUGUACUAAAAGUUGUUAAUGCUCCCUGCGGGAGCCCUUGGAAUCUAUUUAAUAAAUUAUAUUGAAUUUUUCUCAUA